ACCUGCCAGCCAAACAGUACCCCCACCCAAGCUCCAUCUUUUUCUAAUCCAACGGUCCAAAUUCCAUCUUUCCAAAAUCCCUCAUCUUCCUCAACGCAAUCAUCGCUACCUCCUUCCCCUACUAGCCCCCAAAAUUAGCCCUCCAUUCUCCCUCAAAAAUAACUCCCUCCCUCUCUCUCUCCCAAUAUCAGAAAACAGAUCUACACCUUCCUCUUCCUCACAUCUCUUUCUUCUUCUCUUCUUGAUCUUCUUCGACUUUCAACAAUGGCGGUUGCACCUUCAUCUCGAGAGGAGAGCAUCUACAUGGCCAAGCUCGCCGAGCAGGCCGAGCGCUACGAGGAGAUGGUUGAGUUUAUGGAGAAGGUUUCCGCCUCCGUCGAAAAGGAGGAGCUCACUGUCGAGGAGCGGAAUCUCCUCUCUGUUGCUUAUAAGAACGUCAUCGGAGCUCGACGCGCUUCCUGGCGUAUUAUUUCCUCCAUCGAACAGAAGGAGGAGAGCCGCGGCAAUGAGAAUCAUGUUUCCAUGAUCCGGGACUAUAGGGCCAAGAUCGAGUCCGAGCUCUCCUCGAUCUGUGAUGGGAUCUUGAAGUUGCUUGACACGAGGUUGAUUCCCUCUGCUUCUCCUGGGGAUUCUAAGGUGUUUUACUUGAAGAUGAAGGGAGAUUACCAUAGGUAUCUCGCCGAGUUCAAGACUGGAGCUGAGAGGAAGGAGGCUGCUGAAAGUACCCUUACUGCUUACAAAUCUGCUCAGGAUAUUGCAACUGCGGAACUGGCUCCAACUCACCCAAUCCGUCUAGGGCUGGCUUUGAACUUUUCGGUGUUUUACUAUGAAAUUCUUAAUUCUCCUGAUCGUGCAUGCAGUCUUGCUAAACAGGCUUUUGAUGAGGCAAUUGCCGAGUUGGAUACCCUGGGUGAGGAGUCAUACAAGGAUAGCACUUUGAUCAUGCAACUUCUCCGUGACAAUCUCACUUUGUGGACCUCCGACAUGCAGGAUGAUGGGACUGAUGAGAUUAAAGAAGCUCCUAAACCCACUGAAGAUCAGCAGUGAGAAUGCUUAAACUGCAAAUUAGGAUUGAACUUCUCCUCCAUACGUUUUUAUUAGGAGAAAGUGCUUGUGGCUAAUUUGCUUGCUAUUCUGAGAUUUAGGUAUUCUUGUAUUGGCUAUGAAUCGUGGACACCAUUUUUUUUUUCCUUUGUUCUUUUUUAGUUUGUCAUAUCAAUUUGUGUUGAGUGCCUCUUAUUUUUCUUGAUGCUUUUGGCAUUAAAGUUCUGACUUGUAGUAAAGAUUGAUCGAAUGCUUAGAUUCUCUAUGGAGAUAGCCAGCGAUGCAUUGUAUCGCACUAUCAUCAUUUAUUUUC